AAACCUUGACAACAUUUACAUGAUCUGCCUCAAUCAUUCUUAGUCAUAGCCUGUUUUCUCAUCUUCCCCCGAAAAGGACAGAACCCACACCACCAUGGUCGAAACCAGACGGAGCAGCUCCUCCUCUUCCAAGCGCUCUCUCUCUUCGCCCUCUCCCCCCAACAACACCAAACGAUCCAAGGUCUCCGAGGAUUCCUCAUCCACCACCGCCCCUUCCAUCGCUCCGGUCAACGAAUCUGGAACCGCCAAUGAAUCCGCCGAACCCGAGCUGCGGCCCUCUGAUCUGCCCGAUAAGGCCGUCGACGGUUCUGAUGCGAUGUCGCCGGAUAAAUCUCCCUCUGCGCCCGUUGAAGCCGAGGCUUUGGUGUCCCCUCAGUGUCUAGGUGAAACUGCGGAGAAAUCGAAGGCGGCUGGCGGGGCGGCGACGGCGACGGCGACGACGACGGGUGGUCGGUCCAAGAAGCGCCCUACGAAAUUGAACCCCAAGGCUGCGUGGGGAAAACUCCUUUCUCAGUGUUCACAAAAUCCUCACGUGUCCAUGAGUGAUCCUAUCUUCACUGUUGGUCAAGCUCGUAAUUGUAAUUUAUAUCUUAAAGAUCCCACUGUCGGUAAUGCUUUGUGCAAGUUGAGUCACAUAGAGCGUGGAGGCUCCUCUGUUGCAUUACUUGAAAUCACAGGAGGCAAAGGUUCUAUUCAAGUUAAUGGAAAAACAUAUCGAAAGAAUCAGAAUGCCCGUGUGAUUUUAAGUGGUGGUGAUGAGGUGGUCUUUGGUUCUUCUGGCAAGCAUGCUUAUAUCUUUCAGCAGCUCACAAAUAAUAUGAAUACUGCUGGUAUUCCUUCUUCUGUGAGUAUUUUAGAAGCCCAGAGUGCUCCAAUAAAUGGAACUCAAGUUGAAGCUAGAUCUGGUGACCCUUCUGCUGUUGCUGGAGCAUCGAUAUUGGCCUCUCUAUCUAAUAUCCAUAAAGAUUUAUCUCUCCUUUCAUCUCCGGCUAAAACUGGCCAGAAUGUGCAACAGAAUGCUGACAUUUCAUCACUACCUUCUGGCAAUGGGGAUGAUAUGCCAGACAAUGAAAUAAAGGAUACCACCAAUAAUGAUGUGCCGUCUGGAGUUUUAUCUGCUGACAAAACUGUUCUUGCAUCCUCUAACACUGUUAACGAUAAUCCUAGCCUUGACACAAUGGAAGUUGACACCAGUGUGGAUGCUGAUGUUGGGAAGGUGACUGCUGCUCCGUAUGAAUUGAGGCCAUUACUGCGCAUGCUUGAUGGUUCAUGUCCUGAACUUGAUUUAAGUUGUGGCAUUACCAAGAUAUUGGAAGAGCGAAGGGAAUUAAGAGAACUCCUUAAAGAUGUUGAUACCCCAACAAUAUUGGCAUCAACUAGGCGGCAUGCAUUUAAGGAAAGCUUACUACAGAGAAUUCUCAAAGCUGAGAACAUUGAUGUCUCUUUUGAAACUUUUCCUUAUUAUCUAAGUGAUACAACAAAGAAUGUUUUGAUUGCUUCUACAUUUAUUCAUCUGAAGUGCAAUGGCUUUGGAAAAUAUGCUUCAGACCUCCCAUCAGUGUCUCCACGAAUACUGUUAUCUGGUCCUGCAGGUUCUGAAAUAUAUCAGGAGACUUUGUGCAAGGCACUUGCAAAGCAUUUUGCUGCCAGGCUAUUGAUUCUGGAUUCUCUUUCAUUGCCCGGUGGAGCAUCACCAAAGGAAGUUGAUUCUACUAAAGAAAGUUCCAGAACUGAAAGACCAUCUGUGUUUGCUAAGAGAAAUGCCCAAACUGCCACAUUACACCAUAAGAAACCAGCUUCUAGUGUUGAUGCUGAAAUUAUAGGUGGAUCCACAUUAAGUUCUCAGGCUAUGCUGAAGCAAGAGGUUUCUACUGCAUCAUCAAAAGGCACUACUCUUAAAGAGGGUGAUAGGGUAAAAUUUGUUGGUAACUUUCCUUCUGCUGUCUCAUCACUACCAAAUUAUCCUUCAAGGGGACCAAGCUAUGGCUCCCGGGGCAAAGUUCUUCUCGCAUUUGAAGAUAAUGGAUCUUCAAAAAUUGGGGUUAGGUUUGAUAAAUCAAUUCCAGAUGGCAAUGAUCUUGGAGGUCUUUGUGAAGAUGACCGUGGGUUCUUUUGUGCCGCAAAUCAUUUACUACGGGUAGAUGGUUCUGGAGGGGAUGAUGCAGACAAAGUUGCAAUAAAUGAAAUCUUUGAGGUUACCUCUAAUCAGAGUAAAAGUGGUCCACUAGUGUUGUUCAUUAAAGAUAUCGAGAAGGCAAUGGUUGGAAACUAUGAAGUUUUGAAAAAUAAAUUUGAAAGUUUGCCACCAAAUGUUGUGGUAAUUGGCUCUCAUACUCUGCUUGACAAUCGGAAGGAGAAGACCCAACCUGGUGGCCUUUUGUUUACCAAGUUUGGGAGCAAUCAGACCGCACUACUUGAUCUUGCUUUUCCGGAUAACUUUAGUAGACUGCAUGAUCGAAGCAAAGAAACCCCUAAAGUAAUGAAGCAACUUGGUCGCCUUUUCCCAAAUAAAGUGACAAUACAGCUGCCUCAGGAUGAGGCUUUACUUUCUGAUUGGAAGCAGCAAUUAGAACGGGAUAUUGAAACUAUGAAAGCUCAGUCCAAUAUUGUCAGCAUUCGCACAGUUUUCAACAAGAUUGGAUUGGAUUGCCCUGACAUUGAGACUCUUUGCGUUAAAGAUCAAACCCUAACACCUGAGAGUGUGGAGAAGAUCAUAGGCUGGGCUAUAAGUUAUCAUUUUAUGCAUUCGUCUGAAACAGCUAUCAAAGAUUCUAAGCUUCUGAUAUCUGCAGAAAGCAUUAAUUAUGGGCUUAACAUUCUACAGGGCAUUCAAAAUGAGAACAAGAACUUGAAAAAAUCACUGAAGGAUGUGGUUACCGAGAAUGAAUUUGAGAAAAAACUCCUUGCUGAUGUUAUUCCACCAACUGAUAUUGGGGUCACAUUUGAUGAUAUUGGAGCUUUAGAAAAUGUUAAGGACACCUUGAAGGAAUUGGUCAUGCUUCCUCUUCAAAGGCCUGAAUUAUUUUGCAGAGGACAGCUGACAAAGCCUUGCAAGGGAAUAUUGCUUUUUGGCCCCCCUGGAACAGGAAAAACAAUGCUCGCAAAGGCUGUAGCAACUGAAGCUGGAGCAAAUUUCAUUAACAUUUCAAUGUCCAGCAUUACUUCCAAGUGGUUUGGUGAAGGAGAGAAAUAUGUCAAAGCAGUCUUUUCUCUGGCCAGCAAAAUUGCUCCAAGUGUUAUUUUUGUAGACGAGGUUGACAGUAUGUUGGGGAGACGUGAAAACCCUAGUGAGCACGAGGCUAUGCGAAAAAUGAAAAAUGAGUUUAUGGUUAAUUGGGAUGGUCUACGUACGAAAGAUAAAGAGCGGGUACUUGUUCUUGCUGCUACAAACAGGCCUUUUGAUCUUGAUGAGGCUGUUAUUAGGAGGCUUCCUCGAAGAUUGAUGGUUAAUUUGCCAGAUGCUCCAAACAGAGAAAAAAUUCUCAGAGUCAUUUUAGCAAAAGAAGAUUUGGCUCCUGAUGUUGAUUUUGAAUCAAUGGCUAAUAUGACUGAUGGAUAUUCUGGGAGUGACCUAAAGAAUCUGUGUGUUACAGCAGCUCACUGCCCAAUACGAGAGAUCUUGGAGAAGGAAAAGAGGGAGAGAAGCUUAGCAUUGUCAGAGAACAAACCUUUACCUGGCUUGUGUGGCAGCGAAGACAUUCGUCCUUUAAAGAUGGAUGAUUUUAGAUAUGCACAUGAGCAGGUGUGUGCAAGCGUGUCAUCAGAGUCAAAUAAUAUGAAUGAGCUACUCCAAUGGAAUGACCUCUAUGGGGAAGGUGGAUCAAGAAAAAUGAGAUCACUGAGCUAUUUCAUGUAAAGCUCUCUCUGUAUAGCAUUUAUUGCUUAGGCCAUUCUUCUAUCACCACCUAAAUGGUGUAACAAGGUCAACCAGCAGAUGUGGAAAUCCUGUCACUGGUUCUGCCUCUAUUGUAUUAUACCAUAGGUUUUCUUUCCCCCUUUUCCAACCCUCACCAUCCUCUCCAAUUUUUUUCAUAUAUUAUUAGAAUCGGUUGACGAUUUCACUUGAGAUAAAGAGUUUAAUUUAGGUUCCCUGCUCAUCCAACCCUUAUUCUUGCCCUGUUUGGCCUUUCUGCUUGUAUAUACCAAGGUUUUUUUUCUCGUCAAAAUAAAAUAAAUAAUUCUCAUUUUUUUUCUUCUGUUAAUUUCAUGUAUAACCUGUUGCUGUA